UUUACAGAAAAAACUUCAGCAUGUACCAACAGCACCCCACCUUGAUCAGAGUAUUGUUACAGUCACAUUUGAAGUACCAGGAAGUGCGAAGGAAGAGAGUCUAAAUGUAUUUAUCCAGAAUCUCCUGUGGGAAAAGAACAUACAAAACAAGGACGGCCACUGCAUGGAGGUCAUACGGCUGAAGGGCCUGGUGUCCAUCAAAGACAAACCACAGCAAAUGAUUCUGCAAGGCAUCCAUGAGCUGUACGAGCUGGAAGAGAGCCUAGUAAGCUGGAAGGAUGAUGCUGAGAGAUCAAGUCAGCUGGUCUUUAUUGGCAAGAAUUUAGAUAAGGAUAUUCUUAAAGAACUCUUCCUCUCUGCUGUGGUAGAAACAGAAGAGUUGAGGACAGCACCUGGCAAAGACCAAGUUUGUCCAUCACACUAGAUACCAUUUCUUACCAAAAGAACUGAUAAGAAAAACAAGGAUCAGUUUUCUACUGGGUGUAUUUUAAUCCUGAAUUCUUUCAUUACCUCUCUUAUGAGUUAGGAGUAUACUUUAUGAUUAUUUUAUAAAAUACAUAAAGUUUUAGUAAAUCAUUAUAAAAAACAUUUGAUAUUCAUACAAUAAAAUAUGUCCUAUGAAGUGUUUUCUGAGACAAGUAUCUCAUAAAAAUUCCAGAAUUUUCUUUGAAGUUUAAGCAUAAAUGCUGACAACUUAUGCUUCAUUAUUUGUAAAAAUGAUGGCAAACUUUAACAUUUUCAUUUUCCCUUUAAACUUCAGAUAACUGCAGAGACAUAAUGAUUGUAUUGAUAGUAACAAAAAUACCCAAACAAGUGCUGUCAUUGUAUUUUAAAAAAUGUUUAACCUGUAUUUUUAUGCUAUGUGCAUGGGUGUUUUGCCUGCAUGUAUGUCUGUGCACCAUGUGCAUCCAUUGUUGAGGAGUCCAGAAGAGGCCACUGGAUCCUCUGGGACUGGAAGGUCCUCUGGAAGCAAUCAGUGUUCUUAACCACUGAGCCAUCUCUUUAGCCCUGUCACUAUGUUUUUAAUGGAAUGAGUCUCUAGUUCCUAAAGAGGAAGAAAUCUGAGUCAAAGAAAUAAACUGUCUCUUACAAUCAGUGUAAUGAUGCUUCAGCUCUUUGUUCUGUAUUAGCUUAGAAGACUGUAAUUGUGAAAUGUUAAACUGUUGUUUUAUUGCUGGCAUUAAAUUCAUCUUGACUAUUUUGAA